AUAUUUUUGUGAGCAAAGGGAAACUCGAAGGAAUGGCGAUAGACUUAACACCAAAGAAAGCUGAAGCAUUGUUUGAGGGAGAGGGUGGAGGUUACUACACUUGGACAACUUCUCAAGUGCCACUUCUGGCCAAGGAAAAUCUUGGUGCUGGUCGCCUUCAGCUUCAGCCUCGUGGCUUUGCUCUUCCUCAUUAUGCAGAUUCAUCCAAAGUAGGUUAUGUCAUUCAAGGGAGUGAUGGAGUAGUUGGGAUGGUUCUCCCCGACGGCAAAGAAGAGGUGGUUGUUAAACUUAAGGAAGGAGACGUUAUAGCAGUACCUGUUGGAGCUGUCUCCUGGUGGUUCAACGAUGGAGACACGGAUCUGAUCAUUGUUUUUCUUGGAGAAACUUCAAAGGCUCUUAUUCCUGGUAAAUUCACCUAUUUCUUUCUAACUGGGGCUAUAGGAGUUAUAGGAGGCUUCUCCACUGAUCUCACGAGCAAGAUCUAUGGCUUAGAAAAAGAUGAAGUGGAAAAGCUCACAAGAAGCCAAACUGGAGUUUUGAUCAUCAAACUAGACAAAACUCAACCUAUGCCUGAGCCCCAACUGAACAAUACCAAAAAGUUAGUGUAUAAUAUAGAUGGUGCAGAGCCAGAAAAUGCUGUGGAAAAAGCCGGGUUGGUGAAAACCUUAACAGAGAAAGAUUUUGGUUUUAUUGAGGAUGUUGGGUUAAGCUUGAUCAGAGUAAAACUUGAACCCAAUGCUAUCAAGGCUCCAUCAUACCCGGUGAGUCCUACGGUUGAGUUGAUUUAUAUUGCUAGAGGAAGUGGGAAGAUUGAAAUUGUGGACUUCAAUGGAAAGAGUGUGUUAAGCACUCGAGUUGAGGCUGGUGAUUUGGUUGUGGUGCCACAGUUCUUUGUGGUUGCUGAAAUUGCUGGUGAAGAAGGAUUGGAGAGUUAUUCCAUUGUAACAACAACAAAACCUUUGUUUCAAGACUUAGCUGGAAAGGCAUCAAUUUGGAGCAUUUUCUCAUCUACACUGCAACAAGUGGCUCUUAAUGUAGAUUCUGAUUUUCAAAAGUUGUUCAUAUCCAAGAUCGAGGAAUCUACCAAUCUCAUCCCACCUUCUACUUAAGUCUAUGCGUUUGAUUCUUUGAUUUAUUUGUUUAUGUAUGGUCUGUUGUUGGUGUAUUUUGUUUAUGAAUAAUUUUGAGAUGAUGAUGAUGAUGAAUGUGAAAAUUAUUAGCUUGAUAUA